AUGGGACUAUUUGACAUUCUCCGCAGGUCAAAGAAAGACGACGCCACGGCACAGGAAUGCUCUGUGGCGAACGCUCGUGCUGAGCCGCCGCCAGAAACCGGCAGUAACGCGUCUGGUGGUAAUACGGGAGUGGGAACGCCCCCAGCACCUUCCCUCUUUAUGCCCGGUGGCCGCAGGGGGGACCCCGUCCCUGCAAGAAACGAGUACGGAGGGUACCUGAUCUUCGACCCGGUGUCGAAUGGCACGCUUUUCCUUAAGUGGAGCGAGCAAAAGGUAGCCAAUGCAUUGGCUUUCUUUUCGCCAAAGAAGCCAGUUCCAGCUCACAAGUUCAAAAAUAAUGGCGGCAAGCAAGAAAUCUUCAGGAAUCUGAUGAGCGACAAGGCGAAAUACUACGAGGGAUGGUGCCAAUUCUUCAAAACAGCAGUGGAAUUCGCUGGGGAGUGUAGUCUGUUGCCAGGCGCCGACUCAGCUCCUUUGCGGGUUACUGUAGCUUUCUUGUGUGGAACAACAGUGAAGACGCUGCACCCGGCACAAGCCUUACCCACGACCGGGGUGGUCGCUGUGGGUUGUGUGCCCGGGGGACAGCGGACGUUCGAUGUUCUGACUAUGCACAAGGAUCUUUUCCUAGGGAACGCUAGAAAGAGCGGAGCUGCACUGACCGUGUAG